AUGGCUUGUUACCUGGUCAUCAGUUCCAGACAUCUCAGGAAUGGGCAUUACCGUGGUAUUAAAGGAGUCUUCAGAGGACCCCUAUGCAAGAAUGGCUCUCCCUUACCGGAUGAUGCGGAAAAGGAGAAGGCCACAGCUAAGGCUCUGGAAGAUGUCAAAGCCAACUUUUACUGUGAGUUGUGUGACAAGCAGUACCACAAACAUCAGGAGUUUGAUAAUCACAUUAAUUCUUAUGACCACGCCCAUAAGCAGAGACUGAAGGAAUUAAAACAACGGGAAUUUGCUCGAAAUGUAGCUUCUAAAUCAUGGAAAGAUGAGAAGAAACAGGAAAAAGCACUUAAGAGGCUCCAUCAGCUGGCUGAAUUGAGGCAGCAGUCUGAAUGUGUUUCUGGAUGUGGACCAGUUUUUAAAGCACCAAGAGUGGCCCCAGAAAACCAGUUCCAAAAAGAAGUUGUCUCAUUUAAAGAUGGCAAAAAUGCAGGGUAUGGGAAGAGCUCUGUCCUCCUUAAAGGUAAAAGCAUCCCCAGAAGCAUUUCCAGCAAACAACGCCAAGUUACCCAAAAUCGUCGCUCAUUCCAAACUGAGAGACAUUAUUUGUUUGGAAGUCGGGUCCUACAACCACUUUCUGAUGGCAGCAAUCCCUGUCACAGGACUGGAGUCUCUUUCUCUUUCUCCAAAAAAGCUCAUCUAAAAUUGGAAUCCUCAGCUUCAGUUUUCAAUGAUAACACAGAGGAAACAUGUGAGUGUACCAAAUCACCCACCCAUAAAACAAAACAGGCAACAACCACCUGGAAAGGUUAUGCAUUUUCAGAUGGAGACAUGCCACUCACUGGUGGGAAAGUCUUAAAUAAUACCAGAGGACAUAUAGAAAAAAUAGUCUCCAACUCUGUUCCUAUAAGAACUAAAGUUUUAAAGGACAAAAAUGACACUAAUGAUAGGAUGCUACAAGACUCGAUUAAAAUCCAUUCUUCCAUGUCCAAAUCUAAUAUCCAUCUUUCAGGUAUAGAUUUUAAUUCUUCAUUUGGAGAAAAAGAACAUGGAAAUGAAAUUAAUGAGAUUGAGGACUCUCCAAAAGGCCAUAGCUAUCAUCUGUACCAAACAAAUACAUUUUGUACACCACAGAAUACAUAUAAGCACAGUGAAUAUAGAUUAUUUGAAUGUCUGGAUGAGUUUCCAUCAACAAUGGGACAAGAACAUUCAAUUAAGUUAAAUCCCAGCUCCAGAAUGGACAACAGAAUAAAAUCCAUUGAAGAAGCAGGUUCAGUUAAAAGAAAUAUGGAAACCUUUGUAAAAGAUACACUAAUCCAUGGAGAAGAAUCCAAAGCAUUGCCUUUCCUCCAUGUGCUCAGUAAAGAUGGCAGCACCAACCUCCAGUGGCCAACUGAGCUUCUGUUAUUUACAAAAACUAAACCCUGCCUCUCUUAUGGCUGCAACCCAUUGUAUUUCGAUUUCAAACAUUCUCAAAACACAAAAGGAGCUAAUAAACAGAAUGAUGUGAAAGCUGAAUGUUGUAUGGAGCCUUCUGCGACUAAGACAGAAAAAGAGAGCCAAGCUUCAGGUUUAAUCAAAGACAAACGAGUAGGGAUACAAGAAGAUAAUCAGUCACUGAAACCAAAGAAGAUGAAAUGUAAUCUAGAUGAGAAAUGGUCCCUGAAAAAAUAUCAAUCAGGCCUCAAUAACUCUGAGCCAAAUGUGAGUGAACAUGAAUAUAGUUCAAAUGAUUUGAAUGAAAAAAAUCCUAAAGUGCCUGCUUAUCUUGAUGUCUCUAAAAAGGAUUAUUUGGUAGAGAGGCAUCCACAUGAAAUAGAAUCUAUGGGUCCCUGGAAGGACCGUUUGCAAGGCUGCCAAAGGGUAACUCUGACCAAUGCCAGUGAGGUCAAAUGCUUUUCUCCCUGUGUCUCUAGGACUAAAAAACAUAAAUCUGCCACAUGGGAUAACCAUUUGAGAUACAAAUGUAGAAAUCAAGACCCUUGGAAAUUCAGUACUGGUUUAGCAGAAUGCAUCAGUGAUGUGAGUAAUGGUGGGAAGGACUUCCAUGAAAGUGUGAAUAAAAAUCACCUUCAAGCAAUCAGAGAGACUUCAGAAUGCAAACAGUAUAGAAGCUCUGAUAGGUGUUGGAAAUCAUCCUCUCCAAAAUCAUCACUGGACAGACAGUCUAGUUCUUCUGAUAUUUCUCUUUAUAGCACAAGCAGCCAUAGAAGUACUUGUUCAAGUCAUAGGUCCAGUGAAAAUGGCAGAGAUACUUUGCUUUAUAUGUGUAGAAAAGAAUGCCACCCCAAGGACUGGCACAUGGAAUGGUCUAGGAAACAUAACUUUCUUUCCUGUGUCAAUGAUGAAGAAAGGAAUAUCCAGUUCCCAUCAAAAAGUCAGAGAAAGGGUAACUGCAAACUCUGGAGUGGUUUUAGAAAUGAAAAACAAUCAAAAUAUAGAUAUCCUCACAACAGAGAUAGGUCAAAGCAGGGGAAGACGAGACAUCUGUGUCUAGACACCAAACUCGGUAAACCUCCUGGGGAGCCCAGCACUCAAAGUUGUUUCACAAGGCAUUCUAGGAGCAGUGACAGAUCACCUGAAAACUCAGGAAUUUGGGACAGGAAUUCAGGCUCUUUAAGAGAAAAAACUGAUCAUACAAAGAAAGGCAGUGAGACUCAAGGGGAAAUAGAAAACCCUCAAGGUUCAUACUUAGGAAAAGUAAAUACCUCUGAGCCAAUCAACUGCCCAUGGAGAGAUGGGGACAGUGGAAAUUCAAGGAUCCCAGGACUGAACCUUUCAGAAAGAGAAAAACCAUCACUGACAGUCCUGAGACUUUUAGAUGGAGGCCACCCAGAGAAAUGUCAGGAACAAACAAACAAAGGUGAGGUCUUUUCAGAUGGAUGCCAGAUGGAAGUGGAGGAUCACUCACAAAGUCACUUUGCAAUUAAGCUUCCAUCUCCCAUAGGUAACCCACCAGUGUUCCCUUUGUUAGAAAAAACACCGAACAUGAGUAAAAUUUCCAAGAAUAAAGGCAUUUUGCUUCAAAAAAGUGCUGAGAGAGACAAGGAUGAAGGAUCGCAGACAAAGAAUGAUACAGUUUUGUCAGACAUUGGUGAUGAGAACUGUAUUUUUAAAGGUAUAAUUCAAAUAGGAACAGACUAUCGGUCCCUAAAUAUAAAAACAAAUACUAUUCCAAAAGAACAAUUGAGUCCUUCAAUUAGUGGAACCCAACCUUUUAUACAAAGCUCUGACCCAGUACCAAAUAAUUUCCCUGGUGCUCUGCCCUCUAUCAGAUAUUCUGGUAUCAUUAAUACAACAGAGACCAAAGAGGAACAAAAAAUCUUUGAUCGACAUGAUGUAAGCAUGGACAUGAAUGAGGUAGAAGGGAAUAUCAACUCUUACUUUGACAGUACUAUGCAGAAGUAUGGUGAACCAGACCAGGAAGCCUACCACAAAUCCAUUUCCCCGCCUUUAACACAGCAGCCCAUAACAUUCACACCUGAGGAAGUAGACAAAUAUAGGCUGCUUCAGCUACAAGCCCAGCAGCACAUGCAGAAGCAGUUCCUCUCCAAACACCUUAAAGCUUCAGGUCCUCCUGCCUUCUCUUCUCCCACAGUGAUGCCGUCGGUACCAGUCCAUCAGCACACAUCCAUCACAACCAUCCAUCAUACUCUUUUGCAACACUUUGCUGUCUCUGCUUCCAUGAAUCAUCAUGGAAGUCACCUCCCUGUAGCUCACCUUCAUCCUCUCUCUCAAACACAUUUUGCCCCCAUUUCCUUUUCACCUCUGACUCCUGCCAUCAUCCCAACACAUCCUACAUUUUUGGCUGGUCAUCCCAUCCAUCUAGUCCCUGCUACCCACAUUCACCCAUCCCACUUAGCCCUCCAGCCAUUGCCUCAUGCGACAUUUAUUCCAACUUUGUUCAGGCCUCACUUGAAUCCAGUGACAGCUUCAAUUAUUCAUUUAAAUCCUCUAAUUCAACCCGUAUUUCAAGGGCAAGACUUCUGUCAUCAUUCUUGUUCUGGUCAGAUACAGCCAUUCAGCCGAGUCAAAGAAGUGUUGAAUGUUUCUGCUCACUUGAACUAA